CACUCCAGCGUUUGAUAGGGGACACAUUGCAAUCAAUUUUUAAAAGCAACAUUUGCCCGACUGCCCCAUCAAUGUGAAUGCAAUUGGGGGACCGGAAGGGAGAAAAAUAGCAAAGAAUAAUAAUAACAAGGAAGAAGUUAGAAGCGGGAGGUAAACAAGAAGUGAAAAGAUAAAGACAUAUUCAAGCAAAGCGCAUACCGCUUUCUGAGUUUUGACCGCUAGCAGACUGUCCGUGUUGUCGGCGGUACGGAGACCAGGUGGGUGCUGCACGUUAGAACAACGACCCGGGGAUUGAGGAGCUGCUGCCGCUACCUCUGCUGCCGUUCAGAAGGCGCGCGCAGGAGUGCGAAGAACAGAACACAAAGGAAAAGCCUACAUUUUCUUUCUUCUGCUAAAUUCUGUGAGAUACACCAACAUGGCAUCCAGCUUGUUAAGCCACCAAAUGAGGUACACAGUACAACGAAGCCUUGGAUUAUUUGUUCCAAGGUACAGAUGUGUAAGCAAAACAGCUACAAAGAGCUCACUGGAUUUUGAAUAUAAUGGGCCAUCUAUGAAGACUGAAGUCCCAGGGCCUCGAUCUAGGCAAUUGAUGAAGCAACUAAAUGUAAUCCAGAAUACUGAUGCAAUACACUUCUUUUGCAAUUAUGAAGACAGCCGGGGAAAUUAUCUUGUAGAUGUGGAUGGAAAUAUAAUGCUGGAUAUUUACACACAGAUUGCUUCCAUUCCUCUUGGUUACAAUCAUCCAGCUCUUUUCAAAGUUAUGCAAAAUCCACAAAAUCUGAGCACGUUUAUCAAUAGACCAGCCCUGGGAAUACUUCCACCUGAACAUUUGCCUGAAGAAAUUGAAAGAUCUCUACUGUCAAUAGCUCCUAGAAACCUAAGGAAGGUGCAGACGAUGGCUUGUGGUUCCUGCUCGAAUGAGAAUGCCUACAAAUCCAUAUUCAUUUGGUACAGAAAUAAAGAGAGAGGGAACAGUAAACCAUCAAAAAAGGAACUAGACACCUGCAUGAUAAACCAGGAACCAGGGUGCCCCGUAUAUAGCAUUCUUUCUUUCAUGGGUGGCUUUCAUGGGAGAACUUUUGGAUGCCUUGCCACAACACAUUCUAAAUCCAUUCAUAAAUUAGAUAUACCUUCGCUGGACUGGCCUAUAGCACCUUUCCCAAAACUUAAGUAUCCUUUGGAAGAGUACACUAGAGAGAAUGCACAAGAAGAAGCACGUUGUUUGGAGGAGGUUGAAGACCUCAUAGUAAAAUACAGGAAGAAGGGGAAAAAUGUGGCUGGAAUUGUCAUUGAACCUAUCCAGUCAGAGGGAGGAGACAACCACGCAUCAGCAGACUUCUUUAAGAAACUGAGAGAAAUUGCCAGAAAGCAUGGUGCAGCUUUUCAAGUGGAUGAGGUUCAGACAGGAGGUGGCUCUACUGGAAAAUUCUGGGCUCAUGAACACUGGGGAAUGGAUGACGCAGCAGAUGUUGUAUCAUUCAGUAAGAAGAUGCUUACAGGAGGCUAUUUUCAUAAGGAUGAACUAACUCCUGAUGGGCCCUAUCGAAUCUUCAAUACGUGGAUGGGAGAUCCUUCUAAAAACCUUCUAUUAAGUGAAGUCUUGAAUAUUAUCAAAACAGAGAAACUCCUGGAUGAAGUUCAAAAAUCUGGAAAAGCUUUGUUGAAUGGUUUAUAUGACUUGCAGCUUCGUUUUCCACAUAUUGUGAGUGCAGCCAGAGGUGUGGGCACAUUUUGUGCAAUUGAUGCUAAAAAUGAGCAAAUGAGAAAUACCUUGAUUGAAAAGGCAAGAAGUAAAGGUGUAGUCCUUGGAGGCUGUGGAGAACGAUCAAUAAGGUUCCGCCCUGCGUUGGUCUUUAAAGAACAUCACGCUCAUCUCUUCUUGAAUAUCUUCAAUGACAUCUUGGCAGAAUUAAAAUAAACUGGAACAGGGGUUUUGUUUCAGUGUAAAGCACAGGGUAUAAAACCCAUCUUUUUUUUUUUGCCAAAUAGAUGGAAAAACAAGGCAUCCACAAAUUUUGUGAAUCGUUAUACAGAAUGAAAAGACAUACAUUUUUAAUGAUUUUAUGUUCACAAUUAUACUUGUGUAAAACCUGGGGUAAAGUGGUGGACCCUUGUUUGGCUGUGUGUGAACCUCCAGCUAGCUCCAUCUCUGCCAGGUUUAAAACACAGUAGUAAUGUGCAAAUGUAAUAUUUUGCAUGGGCAGGUGGGGGGUAGGUGCCAUUAUUGGUGCUUCUUGGCAGACUGGAGCACAAUAGGAUAUUGUCUAGCAAGACUGUUCUUCUAAAUAGAUAAAGCAAUAGUUUGUUUGUUUGUUUGUUUUUUUCUUGAAUUAAUUUUGCACCAAAACCAAAAAAAGACCCCCCUGCAGUGUUCCCUUGUGUUUACGGGCUAAUGUUGCCACCUACCAGUCUUACAUUUGCAUAGCCAAAACCCCAAGGCCAUUAACUGGAAUGAACAGUUUUGUCCCAGUCCCCUUCUGCUUUUUUAAAGCAGCCUGCAUUUUUGUGACGCAGGUAAACGCUCACACAGCGCAUCUAAGAUAUUGUAUUAAAUAUUAAGGUCACACAUUUUGUAAAGAGUAUUUUUCAAUGUGUAAAGAGAUGCCAUGUUUUUAAAAUCCUGGCACAUUUCCUCAUCACCGUGUCUAUCAAUAUAAAAUUAAGAAAAAGCAGUUUGUCUUUAAAUUCAGUUGCAUACUGUAGAGUGUAAUAACUAAGGAUGACUCUUGCUGAUUAAAACGGCUGCUGUGAGUUGUUUACCUGUUGUGUAUCCAGUAUGGCUGCUGCACUGUACAAGAACUGACACUCAUAAGAUAUUUAGCAGAAACCUACAAGUACUUUUAAAAUAAAGGUUCUAGUUUAGUUUAAUUUUAUUUGCCUUUGAAAGGAAGCACUUGUGUAACUCUUAAAAACAAAUCUCUCGCAUGGUUCUAGGACUGGGAAUAACUUAACUAGAUAUACAUUUAUGUAUGCAAAUACGCACAUCUUAGCUUCUCCCUGGCUUAAGACAAUUAGGGAUACACAUUAGUGGAAUGGUAUACUGAAGGACUGGCCGAGCAAUUUAUCAGAACGCAGUCUUAAUUCUUAAUAAUUUACACUAAAUUAAUAUGAAGAAAAAUAAGUGAAGAGUUGUCGUUUUAUGCAUGCCUAUAUUGUACUACCAAGUGUUUAAAACACUUGUCGUAAAUAAACUGGACUUUGAAGGAAAAUGUACAUCUAAACAACACAUUUUUUAAAUGUUACCUCUUUCUAGGCAAAAAUGUAAAUCUUCAACUGUUGCGAGUUUUCAGGAGAAAAAGUUUAAGCACAAAUGUGAAAAUAUGUCUUAAAAUGAAGGUAUGUUUUGAGCUACUUACUGUUUACUGCCUUUUAAUACAUAUUACUUAAAAUGGCUUAAGAUGGAAAGUUCUAGUUAUUAUGUUUAAGGAGCACAUGUUUAUAAAACUAAUGUUCUGAUAAUCUGAGUGGCAUAACCUCAUUUAAAGAACUCUGCACACUGCGAUGCCACUCUUAUCAUACGCAUUAUGUUUAUUUUAAAGCUAUUAUUAGUGCAUUACACAAAACAUAAAUCUGAAAUGUUUCAGAGGGGAGUUGAAUUUUACACAUUUUUUUUUUUUUUUUAUAAAGGAUUUAUGAUUUACCGUCUCCAAGUUUUCAGACUACAAUAAUUUUAGGCACAAACUUCAGGACUACUUUCAGUUGUAAUAUUUUAAGAGAAAGGACGGAUAUUUUUUAAACCCUUUACGUUUUAAUUCUUUUUUACAUUUUUGUCACUAAAACUGCACUUUUCUCAACAAGUACAGUUUGUCUAAAAAUUAAAUAAUGAAAAAUGUUUUGACGGGUAAUUGUACAUCAUAUUAGACAGAACAUCACACAGUUGUAAAUUAUACCCAAAACUGACAAAUAACCGAUUCAAAAGCAAAGAUUUCUCAUUCCCAAACCAGUUUCUUGACCAACAGAACAUAAAAUACAAAAGAACUGUGUCAAUGUCAGCACUACACUUGCAUUGGACAUUAAAAAAUAAACGUUGACAUUUUUGAAAAACCAUCAUAGGUUUGUCAGGUACAUUUCUUCACACGUGUUCAUACAGAGUAAAAUGUUUGUGCUACAGUUUUAUUUCAAAUUCACUUGCUGCAGAUUUUCAUUUUUUUUAAAUGCAUUUCCUAAAUUUCGAAAUGUGAUUGAUCCGCUGUUUGCAAGUUCACUCCUGUCAGUUGGCAAUAGAGUACCUUUGCUUGUUAUAUAACAAACUUCUAAACAUCUGCUGGUUUUUUGUUUUAUAAUCUGUGCCAAAUUUUGUUGUAAUAAAACUAUAUGUUCUAAAUAUUGUGUUGAAGAGAUCUUAGUAUAAUAAAAUACAUUUAACUGUUA